ACCAGGUUGGACUGCACUACCCGUGGGAUCGCCUCUGGGCUUCUGGCCGCGAUGGUGGGGACUGUGGAGACCACGUUCAGCCCUGUCUUCUUGCUCUGGAUUCUGCCACAGCAUUCCGCCUGGGCUGCGCCUCUCGGUGCUAUCUCUCUUAGCUAUAAAUUCACCAUUACUCCUGAUGGACAACCAUGGUGUAAGAUUCAAGGCCAGAUCAAUGGAAAUGAAUUUCUUGAUUAUAACUGUAAUAGCCAAAAGAAUGCCACAGAGGUCUGGGAGAGACAGACUAAAACUCUAAAAGGCCUGAUGGAAGAGCUCAAAAAGAACCUGCUUGACAUUAAACCAGAAAUUAUUAAAAUCAUUGGGAUAGAUUCUUUCUCCCUGCAGGGCACCAUGAUGUGUAAGCAGGAAUCCAAUGGACACAACAGUGCAUCCUGGAAGUUUGGCUUUGAUGGACAUAAAUCUCUCCUCUUUAACGUGGAGAACAAAAGCUGGACAGUGUUGCAACCUGAAGGGGAACCGUUAAAGGAGACAUUGGCCAGUGACAGAGCUAUGAUUGGUGAACUUGUUAGUAUCGCUACUCAAGAUUGUAUAGACUGGCUUCCACAAGUUUCCAGAGCCCAGGGUGAAGUUCUGAGCACAAAAGCAUUACUUUCCUUCUUCAUCUCAACUGGUCUACUUUUGGAAUCCUUCAAAACCACCUCAAUCAAAUCAGCUCCUGAGAGGACUUCUCAAUCACCUUCCUCAAUCACCUUGUGUCGCAGCAGGAGUGACUGGCUCCAUCCACCAUUGCCGCAGCCACAGUUCCGUCCAAGGCCACAACCAGCAUGCCCAUCAUUUCGAUCGUCCCUGUGAUCCUCACCGGCUCCAUCAUAGCUGCCGAUGCGACCAAGGAGGCCCUGGUGGUGUGGACCAUCUCAGCAACUCUGUCUUUUGCUUGGCUGCCUCUGGAUGACCUGCUGUUC